AUGGUGGUGGACUUGGGCAGCCACGCCAUCAAGGCCGGGCGGUCUGUGGGGUACCCCAGCGACACCGAGCCCAGCGUGGUCCUGCCCUGCACGGUCCAGGACUCACGUGUGACGGUCGUUGAAAAGCUGGUGCACCCCAUGCACGCUGGGGUGGUGACGGACUGGGAGGGCCUGGAGACCCUGCUCCAUUACACCCUGUUUGAGGAGCUUGGCUGGGCCCCAGAGCAGGAGGGCCAGCUGCUGGUGGCGGACCCCGUGCUUUCCUCCCGCUCCGACCGCGAGCGCCUGUGCCAGCUUGCCUUUGAGGGCCUGGGCGUGCGUGGGCUGUUUGUCGCAGACCAGGGGGUGCUGUCCCUCUAUGCCGCCGGCAAGACCUCGGGCCUGGUGGUGGACUACGGCCUGGACAAGACAGGCGCGUGGAUCGGUGGCUGGCUGGGUAUUCUUGGGAGGGAGAGGGAGGCGGCCGAGGCCCUGAAGCUGGCCUGCCUCUGGUUCCCCAGCGGCACGUCGGGUGCCAGCGGCGCGCCCGGCGAGGAGGCGGUGCCGGCGGGACCCCCGGCGACGCACACCCUGCCAGACGGCCAGACCAUCGAGGUGGAGGCGGUGGUGCGUGAGGCCAGCGCCGCGCUGCUUGACCCUGGCAGCCUGCAGGGGGCCACGCCGGGCGCCGUGCCGCCCCUGGCGCAGCUCGUCGCCGCGAUGGGUGCCGCCCUCCCCGACCGCGAGGCGCGCAAGGGCGUGCUGGGCUCGCUGUUCGUGGCCGGCGGCGCGGCGGGUGUGGCGGGACUAGGAGCGGCGCUGGCGCGCGAGGUGCACGCCGCGCUCCCCGCCGCGCAGGCGGUGGCCGCGCUGGAGCCGCCGGACCACAUGCCGCGUGGCGCGGCGCGCAGCGCGGCCUGGGCCGGCGGCGCCGUGCUGGCCAAGGUAGUGGCCGCGCAGGAGCAGUGGGUCACGCGCGGAGAGUACGACGAGGCGGGACCCGGCGCCGUGCACAUGCGCUGCCUCUGA